AUGGCUGUGGGGCAACGCGAGCCCUCGUCACCCCUCGUCCCCCGCCACAGCUCUCGACGAGCUCGCCACAACUCGACCAGACCCCUCCCCUCCCCGGGCAAGCGAGUCGCGAGCCCUCGUCACCCCUCGUCCCCCGCCACAGCUCUCGACGAGCUCGCCACAACUCGAUCAGACCCCUCCCCUCCCCGGGCAAGCGAGUCGCGAGCGCUCGUCACCCCUCGUCCCCCGCCACAGCUCUCGACGAGCUCGCCACAACUCGACCAGACCCCUCCCCUCCCCGGGCAAGCGAGUCGCGAGCCCUCGUCACCCCUCGUCCCCCGCCACAGCUCUCGACGAGCUCGCCACAACUCGACCAGACCCCUCCCCUCCCCGGGCAAGCGAGUCGCGAGCGCUCGUCACCCCUCGUCCCCCGCCACAGCUCUCGACGAGCUCGCCACAACUCGAUCAGACCCCUCCCCUCCCCGGGCAAGCGAGUCGCGAGCGCUCGUCACCCCUCGUCCCCCGCCACAGCUCUCGACGAGCUCGCCACAACUCGAUCAGACCCCUCCCCUCCCCGGGCAAGCGAGUCGCGAGCCCUCGUCACCCCUCGUCCCCCGCCACAGCUCUCGACGAGCUCGCCACAACUCGAUCAGACCCCUCCCCUCCCCGGGCAAGCGAGUCGCGAGCGCUCGUCACCCCUCGUCCCCCGCCACAGCUCUCGACGAGCUCGCCACAACUCGAUCAGACCCCUCCCCUCCCCGGCUAUCGCCGCCGGUGCUCGCCUUGUUCCGAGGUCACUUGGUCCGGGCCGGACUGGUUCACCAGGAGCCGUGGAGCACGCUGUCCCAGGGCGCCCAGAAGUGA